AGCGUCAAGAACGUUUUGGUUGUGCUUUUACUGGGGCUGACUCCAAUAUAAAGAAUCUUUGUGGCCUGUCCUUGUCAACUAUCAUCUCCGCUUCAGUACGGCAGCUACGACCAUCGACUUGAUUCCUCUGAUAGAUACCGAAAAGCUACACGGAAUAACGCAUGGCAAUGAUGAUUCCGUCAGGGUCACUAAAGCUUCUUUACAGGACUUCAUUGCAUUAGCAAUGUCACGUUGCCCAUAUGAUAGGCAGUGCAACAGAUUUCGAUGUGCUUUUUGUUCCCACCGUACGAGACACUUCGUACUAUAACUGCCUGGAAUCAUCUCUUUUGAGGUCCCGCACAAUAUUCCCGCAUAUCCCUCUCUGAGAGUCAAGAGGAUCAGCCUAUCAGCACUUCAAACGUUACAUGGUAUACAAGGUACUCAGCAAGAGGCGGAAUCACGAUGUAGGCUUUGAUCUAGCAACGCACCAAGAUCCUUUUGCGGUCCUCGCCAAAAUCGUUCAUGGACUCCUCGGUAUACCAGGAGAUCCCAACAAAGGAAAGCCUCUUACAGGAGAACAAAGGGCGCUGCUCGUUGGAAUAUGCUACAACACCAGUACUCCCGAUGAAGACUAUGAACCCAUGGUCAGAACUCACGACGAUGUCAAGAAGAUGGCGCUGUAUCUCAUACGUGACUGUUACUUCCAAGCAGAGAAUAUUGUUGUGAUGCUUGACACGCCGGUUACACCGGAAAUGUUGAGGCCAACCAAGCGGAACAUUGAAAGAGAGAUGAAGAAGCUUUGCAAGGAUGUUCGUAUAGGGGAUAGCAUUGUCUUCCACUACGCGGGCCACGGCGAUCAGGUUCCCGCAAAUUGCGACAAGAACGAGAUUGACGGUUUGGACGAAUGUAUCGUGCCUUUGGAUCACGGUUGUGGCGGAAAUUUGCUUCUCGAUGACGUUAUACACGAAUGCUUGGUGUCAAAGUUUCCAGUUGGCGCCAAGCUCACCAUGCUCUUCGACUGCUGCCAUUCCCAGUCAAUGGCAGACCUCAAGCACAACCUUUGCAAUCGGGCUUAUUUUCUGUUUUCAAAGCUAUUGGUCAUUUUAAAUGUUUUCAUGCACUUUCGGGCUAUCGUCCGAAAGGCUCGUGAAGGCAUCCGUGACCGUCUCAUCAAUGGAGUAAAGAAAGCGUACAAAUCAAAGCAGAUGGCCAUCAAAUGCCUUAUCAAGAAGCCACAGUCCAUGCUCAAGGCUCGUGUUGAGGUGGUAAGAUGUGAUGGUUUGUGUAGGCGUCAUUUGAAGCCCGAACAAGACGUGAUGUCACUUUCGGCAUGUCGUGAUCACGAAAUCACAUAUGAGACUGAGAUGCAAGAUGGCUCUUUCACUCAGGUUGUUAUAAGAGUCCUGCGCGACCAGCCGAUCAUAACACAUAACAAACUGAUUCACGAACUUGACCGGGAGGUUUACAAUAGUUUCAAAGAAAUACAUCGGUGGAAGCAUGACUAUCGUCAGAAUUCCUUACCUCAGGAGUGUAAGAGUUCAAGCCUCCCUAAUCCGGUUUCGGGUAACCUCCCGUCAUGCACGUCAGCAGCGAUGAAAGCAUUUGGUUGGAGGCCGCAGCUUUCAAGUCAGGAACCUCUCGAUAUGAACAUGAACUUCUCUUUUCGCCUCUGGAACUAGAGGGCAUAGCGUAUAUCAUGCAAUCCGCUUUCGCAAUUCUUUGAUAUUCUGUAUCGUUGCCCUCACAUCUUCAUGCCGGGGACAUCAUCCUUGGAUCGUAUUUCUCAAUAAAAACAUUUGUAUCUCU